AUGGCGUCAAGAAAAAACCUUUCAGAAAAUGAAAUUCAAAACCUCCUUCUGGACGUUCGUGAUGAAGAUGAAGUGUUUCUUGGGGAUGAAUUAGAAGAUGAACUGGAUGAAAUUAUUCCCGAUUUUCGCGAUGAACAGGUUCCUGUCGAAGAGGAUGGCUCUAACCAUGAAACAGAUCUUGAAAGUUCGGAAGAAGAAGUUGAAGAGGAUAUUGUCCAGGUUAGAAUCACAAAUUCUCCAGUGACAGUUCUUACAGUACCCGAAGUUUUGCGAGGUAAAGGAACAAAAAAGCAAAGAACUAGCGAAAAAUUUCUAUGGUAUGGGACUCGUCGCCGUUCCUCGCGUACUCCACAAAGAAAUAUAAUAUUUCAUGCACCAGGAAAUAAAGCUCUUGCUAAAUUUACUACUAGUGCCUUAGAUAGUUGGAAAUUAUUUUUUACGGAUGAGAUUUUGCAUAUGAUAGUAACUAAUACUAAUCUUGAGAUAUCUGAACAGCGCAAGAAGUAUAAGUCAGACAGGCUAAUAACAUCUCAAAAUGAUGAUGAUGAUGAUAAUUCUGUUUCUACGAGUAUUCGACCUUCUUUUAUCCGAGAUGUAACCGUAACCGAAUUAAAAGCUCUCUUUGGCUUAUACUAUUUAGCUGGAGUUUUAAAAAUUAAUCACUUGUCUGUCAAAGAAAUAUUAGAUAAAAAUACGGGCAUCAACUAUUUUCGGUCUACUAUGAGUGAGAAAAGAUUCGAAUUUUUGACAAAUUGUCUUCGAUUUGAUGAUCGUUCGACCAGAGCUGAAAGAAGACAACAUAGUAAAUUGGCACCAAUAAAAGAACUGUUUGAUCACAUUGUUGAAACUUCAAAAAGUCUUUAUUCACCUUCAGAUUGCACAACGAUUGACGAGCAAUUACUUGGGUUUCGCGGUAGAUGCCCAUUCCGUAUGUAUAUUCCAUCAAAACCCGAUAAAUAUGGAAUAAAACUGUUAAUGUUUUGUGAUGCAAAAUCUUAUUACAUGAUAAAUAGUAUAAUAUACACUGGAAAAGAUUCUACACCACGUGAAUUACCAGUGGCUGAGUAUUACGCAUUAGAGCUUUCAAAUUCUAUUCAUGGGUCUAAUAGAAAUAUCACGCACGAUAACUUGUUUACUUCAAUCCCUGCUGCCGAAAAACUCUUAACCAAAAAUGUUACAACAGUUGGAACAAUGAAAAGAAACAAAACAGAAAUCCCUACUCAUUUUUUGGAAACCAAAAACCGCCUCAAGAACACAUCAAUGUUUGCCGUUCAUGACGAACUUACUUUGUUAUCAUAUGUGCCUCCAAAGCUAAGUAAAGGAAAAAAGAAAAACGUGAUUAUGCUUUCUACUAUGCACUAUCAACCAGACGAAGACAAAUCUGUUGAUUUACCAGAAAUAAUAAGUUUUUAUAAUCAAACGAAAGGAGGAGUGGACACUUUUUAUCAGCUUUGUCAUACGUACAGUAUUUCUCGCAAAACUUGUCGCUGGAGCCUUUGUGUAUUCUACGGAAUUUUGAACAUUGUGGGAAUUAACUCCAUGAUAUUACUGCAUUCAUCAAAAGCCAAUGGUAAACAAGUUUUCAAGAACAGACGGAGUUUUCUGAAGGCCUUAGCUUUUGACCUUAUAAAACCUUAUUUGGAGGACCGAUUUUUAUAUAAAACUUUGCCUAUGCAUCUACAAAUAAGUAUUGGCGAUAUUUUAGAAAAAACACGACCUUCUAGUGCUCCAUUACCUUCAGAUUCAAAAUCUGGUAGAUGUUCAUUUUGUCCCAGGUCAAAAGAUCGUAAAUCACGCACUCGAUGUGAAAAAUGUAAAAGUUUUAUAUGUUUAGAAAAAAAUUUGCCAAAAUUGUUAAUUUAA